AUGACUACUAAUCAAAAACGAACUAUUUAUGCAGGAGGUUUAGCCGAGGAAGUAGAUGAAAAUGUUUUAAAUGCAGCUUUUAUUCCAUUCGGAGAUAUAAUAGAUAUUCAAAUACCUUUAGAUUAUGAAACCGAAAAACACAGAGGCUUUGCAUUCAUCGAAUUUGAAAGUGCGGAAGAUGCAGCUGCUGCUAUUGAUAACAUGAAUGAUUCCGAAUUAUUCGGUCGAACCAUUAGAGUUAAUUUGGCAAAGCCUCAAAAAAUAAAAGAAGGAUCAACGAAACCUGUGUGGUCUGAAGAUAGUUGGCUUCAGGAACAUGCUGGUAAAACGUUAAAUAAUGAACCGGAAAAUUUUGAAAGUGGAGAUGAGGAUGACAAAAAUAAUCAUGUAAAUAAGGAAGAUAAUGAUGAUACUGUGAAAAAGAAAAAGGAUAAUGAUAUUACGGAAUCUACUCCUAAAAAAUUAAAAAAGGUUUGA